UGCUUAAAAAAUAAAAAUUAUAAUCAAAUGUCAUUUUAAUUACCUAAUCCAUUUUCCUACUGGCUAUCUCUAUACUGUACCACAAAUAUGUAAACAAGAAAAUUAAAUGGGGCAAACCUGUUCCCUUCCAGUAUUAGACUCCGAAGAUAAGAAGCUACAUCGCUAACGUGCUAAAAUACGCACGCCAUUAUUGUUCAAUUAAUAAAGUGCUAUUUUAAAAUUUUAAUGAAAAAUAUACGAUAGUUAUAUCUGAAUAAGGUUUAAAAGUUUUGUCAACUGUGUAAUGUGAUGUGUGAUGUGUUUUCAUAUGUAGUAUUCUUUUUUUCAAAAUGGAUUUUAUGUGAUUAAUAAAUAGUUUUCGUAGACAUUUUGUGGGUUAUAUAUAUACAUACUUCUUUUAAAACAAUGUACUCUGACACGCAUAUAUUGACGACUCAGCUCUAGGCGAGGACAAUGUUUAAGCUGUUUCUGAAAAUUAUAAUAAUCAUAACUUUGACAAAAGAAAACCUGUCGCAGAAAAAUGAAGGGGACAGUUGUGAGAUAGAGUAUACUGGUAUACUCGGUACCUGUACUACGCUCGAGAACUGUGAAUCAGCCAGGGUGAACUAUCAUAACAACCGUAUCACGCCUACAUUUUGCCGCUACAGUGCGUUUGGUUCAUCGCUAGUGUGCUGUAAAGGCGGGCAGAAAGCAGUCGUUCAAGUACCUAAGCCGAGACCACCUGAACCUGAACCAAGUCCAAACCCACUUAGAACUUUGGUACUCAACAGGAGAGGAAAUGCACGGAAGACUGAUGUAGAAGGAGACAGUUGCGUAGAAGAAUACACGGGGUCAUUGGGCACUUGCACUCCCCUUGAUUCAUGUCAAUCAGCCAAGUUAAUUUAUGAAAAGGCCGGCCUCAAACCUACUUUUUGUCGAUACAAUGCCUUUGGCGAGUCCUUGGUGUGUUGUAAGGACGGCAAGACAAUAUUGCAAACAUCAAAACCACGAUCCGCUGAUCCCAGCCCACUUUGGACAUACGAAAAUGACAAACGUAGAGUAAGCGAAAGAAAAUGCGACGCAUACAGCAGGAGCGUUGUGCAGAAGGUGGACGUGUCUGCCCUACUAGUCAACGACGAAGGAGUGUCUGUGGUCGCCAGCAAGUGCCAAUACACAGGCGUCGAGCUGAUUAUAGGAGGAGAGGACGCGAAUAGGGGAGAAUUUCCCCAUAUGGCAGCCAUAGGCUGGGCUAACUCCGAAGGUGGCUACGAUUUCAAAUGCGGCGGCAGUCUCAUCAGCUCCAAGUAUGUGUUGACUGCCGGACAUUGCACUAACGACCCGCGCGCAUACACGCCCGAGCCCGUCGCCGCGCGGCUGGGAGAGCAAAACCUGGACGCUAACGUUAACGACGGAGCUGACCCGGUGGACGUACCCAUCAGGCAUAUCAUUUCGCAUCCAAAAUACAAGCCGCCCUCGAAAUACCAUGACAUCGCGUUGCUAGAGCUGGCUUCAGACGUCCAGUUCGAGGAUGCCAUCAGACCCGCCUGCCUGUGGACUAGACCUGACUUCGGAGAGAACAACAAGGCUGUGGCUACGGGAUGGGGAGUCGUUGAUACGUUGACAAAAGAGACUUCUAAAGACCUACAAAAGGUUUCUCUCUCGUUGUUGGACAAUACAUUCUGCGAUCCCCUCCUCGAGUGGUCGUGGAAUAGAAACUGGAAGGGAUUCGUGCCGGAGCAGAUGUGUGCGGGGGAACUGCGAGGGGGGAGGGAUACGUGCCAGGGUGAUUCCGGCUCUCCGCUCCAAGUGACAUCGCAAGACAACCAUUGUCUGUUCUACGUCAUGGGGGUGACUUCGUUCGGGAAGAAAUGUGGUGACAGCAGUCAACCAGCUAUAUACACCAGAGUAUCCAGUUACAUAGACUGGAUAGAAAGUGUUGUGUGGCCGGGAGAAUAGGAAUCUAAUGAUCAGUGUUGCCGAUCGAUAGUCGACUAUCGAUGAUUAAUCGAUAGUCUAUCGAUAGCCAACCAAUCGUAUGACAAUCGAUCGGCUUAUCGAUAGUAUCAAUACUAUCAAUAGUAUCGAUACUAUCGAUAGCUCAGAACAAGGUAAUACUAUCGAAUGAGUGCAAUACUAUAGAUACUAUUGUAGUUCGUUAAUAACAAACUAUCGAUAGUAUCGAUACUGUCGAUUUUAUUUGCAAACAUACUAUCGAUAGUUUCACAUUCAUUCAAUAAUAUUGUUUACAAUUUCCAGGUAUUAUAGUCAAUCACAAACUUUAGUCUAAAACAAUCGCUAGUAUCGAUACUAUCGAUAGUAUUGUUGCAGAUAAAACCAAAAGUAUCGAUACUAUCAAUAGGUUGUUAUUAAAGAACUACAAUAGUAUCUAUAGUAU